AUGGAUGAAGAGUUUAACUACUCUCGGAAUACAUUCUGCCUUGUUUUCGCUCUCGACCAGGGCUUCCUCUACACUAAAGCACUUGAUACGGACGGUUACUUUGAACCCGCUUGGAGCAGCAGCAAAACCGUUAUAGCUGAAGGUGACGCAACUGAUGAAUUUAUGAGAAAAAUCGAGAAACCUCAAGAAAAAUUAUUCUAUGUACCCAACGCUUUUAACGAACUUUAUGAUACCUAUUUGAAACAACAAGAAGAGAACUAUGGAGAAAAUGAAUUAUAUGACGUUGUUCUCCAGGAGUGGAUCAUUGGAAAAAAAAUAGAUUGUUCAGAAGCAGAGUUUUGUUACGCAUUUGCUAUUCCUACAGGUUGGAAUGAUAACACCAGAGAGGAGCUUAUCCGGCCUCUUUUCGUAAAAUCUCGUCUGAUUAACGAAGAUAAUAAUGUACGCCAAUUGUAUGUUUUCAACCAGUUAGAGUUAAAUUUCCGUUAUCUGCAAUCUGGAUCUUGGCCCAGCCCCAGUAUAACAGCAAAACAAGGUCAUCAGUACAUCAUAAUGUAUUUGGAUUCCAAUCAAGAGGUAGAUGUCAAUCUCAGUUUAAGUUUGGUGUCAGCAUGUUAUCCAGACUUAAAAACAGUGGAUAGCCAAUAUAUCCCUCAGCUAUUGAAGGGGUUUGAUUUUAAAAUACCUUUUGGGUCUCACAAGGUAAAAUCGUCAUUGACAACAUGUCUUGAAAAUUUUUGCGAUUCCAAACUGGUGCUCGAAAUUAUUGACCAGAUGCUUGAAACCAUAAAUGAAAAACUGGAAGCGAUAAGGUUUACAGAUCGAUUUUCUGUAUUAUAUCGACCCUUUUUAAAAAUGGAUUUGGAAUAUUCUUGCGAUUCAAAAUACAGUAUAGAAGAGUUUGAACUCAUGCUCCAAAAUAUUAGAUCGUUAACUUUGGAAGAUGUUUUUGAUGACUGGUUUCAUUCUGCUGUGAAAAUCAUCGAAAAUGGAAUAAACACUUUGCUUCAGGGCACAAACAAUAUCAAAGCUAAAUCUUUAGUAUGCCUUUGUACGGAUUAUUUCAAAGAAAACAGUAUCUUGAUAGUAACACGCAAAUUAGUCGAAAAAUGGGUUAAGACAUAUGUCGAAAAGCAAGAAAGCCUAUACAAAUUGAUCAGGACUGAAAAAAACUGCAGUUACAAUUUUUCUGCAAAAGAUAAAAUGAUGACAGCUGCAAUGUUAGUAAGACGCCAAAUGGAUGAUUUUAAUAUCUACAGAGACCCAAUCAUAUUGCCUAAAGACUCGUUAAAUGGACAAUAUGAAAGAACUUCAAAACCUGUUUAUUUUAUAAAUAUUGACUUGCUACCUUCACAAAAUAAAAUUACUCUCACAUACGUAGAUGAGAAGAGUAGAGUCAAACGGACAGAAAAUGUUGACUGCAACAUACAGCCCUUGGAUGCAUUUUUCAAACAAUCAGAAUCAUAUCAAAGACCGCAGCUCCAUAUGAAUAAUAGACUCAAGAAACAUGUAGAAAAAAUGUUUGCUGAAUAUCUUAUAAUGUACUCAAAAUCCGGACAACAAAAAACAUCGUCGAGACUAAUUCAGCCUAAAAAUAAAACAACUUUUGGCAGUUGCUUUGGGAUAAAAACUAGCGAAAAUUGGCCAAAGGAAAUCAGAAAUUUCUUUGCCUCCUCAAGCCCACACCUUCUGGAGCAAGUUAUGCAUAACCUUAAAAUGGAUGAUCUUUUUAUGAAGAAUAAUAGCUCUCAUAGUGAGGAUACAGAUUUACUGCUUACCUCUGAUCCUGGUUACAUUCUUUUUUUUAUCAUAGCAUACCUGCACAAUUUGAACAUGUGGUUGGAAAAAGAACUAAAUGAAAAAUUUAAGAAUGGCUGGCGAGACAAAAACACCGUUUGGAAGAAUAUGCAGUCUGACUAUCAGAUUGACUAUUGCAUCACACACAAAGACAAAAAGAAUACAAAAUAUGAUUUCGACUCAUUCCAAGCAUACCGAGAUAUCCUCCAAAUUUUGAAGCAACGGAUUAUUGAACUUUUGAACAUCAGCGACAAAUGUUCUUGUCAAAUGGUUAUUUCUCUUCGUCUCGUGAUCGAGAAAGGUCUACAGCCAGUUAUAGAAACUACUGUAACAACGAUGGCCGCCACAUUGACUAAUUACAAUCUGUUUGGAUAUUACAAGAUGGAUUAUCUUUUUUUGUUGGGAGAUCCUUUUAAUUUAAUUUAUGGCUCACCUCUUUAUAAUGUGUACACCACAAUACUUCAAAGACCGAAUAUGUUUAACAGAUUCAUCCAUGGAACAUUGUGUCAGGUGCCAAACAGUACAUAUCUAAUUUGGGUUUGGAGCCUUAAUUCCGAUCCUUUUUUUCGCGUGAAUCGUAAUGAAAAGGAGAGCCAAUAUCGACAACGGGAACGUUUAUCAAAACAAUGCAUAUUGAGCAAGAUCAGUUAUGUGUUUGAAGACAUUCUAACUUUUUACACAAACGCCUUUUUAGACAUUUUAAGAGCCAUACAGUCAUAUGACACCAAACGCAAAAAAUGGGAUCUGUCACAAAAGUUUGCAGAAGGCGCAUUUUUUCAGGUGAUGAACAGUAACCGACACCUUGCAGCCUAUGAUCUCAUCGUAGAGUGUAAGCACCUCAACUAUAAUUAUUCUCUAGAAUUUACAAUGAUAAAUAUGGCCAGUUAUUGGAAUGAUAGGUAUACAGAUAAAUCGUGGGUUUUAGGAGAGCCAUUAACCUUAGCUUAUAUUUGA